AUGCAACCGAUCCAGAAGAUCCUGGACCCGACCAAGAUGGGCACAUGGAACGUCGUGCGUCGGCCUCCGAUCGACGAGAACACCGUCAUCCAGGGUCGUCGCCGUGACGCGCACUCGAAUGCCUUCAAGACACAUCAGGUGUUAGAGGGCACGCGGCUACGCAAGGCCCUGAACUCCCUGACCCACGGCAAGAACAUCUUCGUCUAUCACAACAUGCGGACCAACCAGGUGGUGUACUCGUUGACGAGAUAUUUGGAUAAAAACAGCGUCCUCCGCCAAUUGGUCUACCACGGCAAGAAGACGGUGCCCGCGACCCUCCGCAAAGACAUGUGGGUGCCGUACUACAGCGUGCACUUCACAAGCGCGCAGCUCGGCUUGCGGGCGUACCACCUGCUGCGCGAGUUCGCGAUGCAGCGGCAGCUGGCCCCGCCCCGCGAGAUGAUCACCAUCACGGAGGAGUGGUUGGCGCAGAAGCGGCCGCGCGACCCGCACAAGGCCGAGGAGUUCGACAAGGAGUGGGCCGACAAGAAGGGGUGGCUGAUGAAGCCCAAGGACCGCGCCCGCAUCGUCAUGAACCAAAAGGCCACCUCCGUGGCCGACGUCGCCGCCGUCCUGGACAUCCAGGCCGAGGAGAUCGUCAACGGCUUCGCCAGCGGCCAGCGCGGCUACCUCAGCAAGGCCGCCCGCCGGCGCCGGCGCCAGGCCCGCGUCAAGGAGGCCGCCGUCGCCGCCGCCCGGGCCACGCGCGUCGCCGCCUUCGAGAAGGUCCUAAGCAAGCCCCAGAUCGACUACAAGAUCCAGGAGGUCGUCGAGGACGACGCCGCCACCGCCGCCCUGCUGCAGGCCGAGAACGGCGUUAAGAUCCUCUGGACCGAUCUCCACGAUGCCCAGUUCGCCGCCCAGUGGCCGGACCGCGUCCGCCACGGCGAGUUGGAACUCACCCGCGACCAUGUCAUGCCCGGCCAGAAGCGCAUCCACAGCGGCGACAUCGAGAUUCUGGCCGACAACGCCUUCAAGGAGAAGGGCGUCGAGGCCGAGGCCGAGGCCGUCCCUGAGAAGAACUAA